AGCAAUCGUGCAUCCAGCCCCAUAGGCCAUAGCUACCUGAACACAAGUACUCAAAAUCUCUUGCAGAGACCAGCUAGUCCAUCGGCCGGCGGCGAUGAUGCCCUAUGGCACCGCUGCAGAGGCGGAGGCGGCACUUGGCCGUUCCUUGACAUGGGCAGAGUCCUGGUGGUUCCGGUACUCAGCAAGAAUGCCAGACUUGUGGCUCAUGUGGCACGUCGCCCUUGUCUUCUUCGUCAUGUAUGCACUCGUUCCGCUACCCCUCCUGCUUCUCCAGCAGCUCGCGCCAGCAUUUGCCUUGAAGUACAAGCUGCAGCCCCAAGUAAAGCAGGCGUCUCCGAUCGCCAUACUACGGUACAUGAGGGACAGCACGGGUCUUGUACCGUUUAUCAUCGGUCCUUUCGCAGCCAUCUACUCCGCUGCAUUCAAGAUGUUGGGGAUGCGGAUGGGGCUUCCGUUACCUUCUGCAAGGGAGACAAUGACACAGCUCGUUGUGUACUCCUUGGUGGAGGACUACAUAGACUACUGGUUGCAUCGCUUUCUGCACACCAAGUGGGGCUACGAUAAGAUUCACUAUGCCCACCACGAGAUCAGGACAGCGACGGGCUUCGGUGCAUCCUAUGCCGAGCUAACCGUGUAUGCCAUCACUAUCUUUGCUGGGCCGGCCAUUGUGCCAUGUCAUGUCACGACGCAUUGGCUUUGGUUCUCCAUACGCAUAAUGGUGAACAUGGACACACACAGCGGCUACGACUUCCCAUUCAGCCUCUCGAAGUUGAUCCCAUUCUAUGUUGGCGCAAAAUUUCACGACUACCAUCACUAUGCGGGAGGACAAAGCCAGAGCAAUUUCAGUUCUAUUUUCACAUACUGCGACAAUUUAUAUGGGACAAACAAAGGCUACAUGUACCACAAGGGAAGCCUAUUAAAGCUCAAGAUGAAGGAGGCUGAACACAACAACGUGAAGACCAGAGACAGCAGCGGGAAAGAGGACUGAGAUUAGUUAACCUUUUUACGCGCGCAUGUAUAAGUGGAAUAAAGUGAAUACCCAAGACAUACUUUACUAUGGUUCCUCUGACAAGGAAUGACAACAAAUAAACCUUAACUACCACAAGGUGUCUCGAUCAUAUGUAUCUAUAUGUACACUUGCAAUCAGUUCAUGUGCUGCCCUAUAGAAGCAGCAUCGAUGUAAGAAAACACUACUAUUGGUUCCUCAACUAUUCAAA